AUGAUUCAACCUAGAACUAUUCUCCGUUGGAUUACAAAUUAUAUACGUAAUUAUAAUCUCUUCCUUCCUGAAGAAGAUGAUUAUGACGAUGACGAUGACAAUGACCAUCUACAGGAUGCUAAAACUAUUCUUCAAUACCAAACAUAUGCAACUUGGUUCUAUAUUUUUCUUCUUUCAAUAUCACUUUAUAUUCUUUUUUAUAUGGCCUUGAUGAGACCAGAAUCUCGAACAAUUACAACGUCUCCUAUUACUCUUGAUCUUUUCGAGCAGCUCUAUAUCAAACAUUCGACAACAUUAUCUUGUCCAUGUUCGAAAGUUGCGAUUCCGUAUAAUAUUUUCGUCUCCAAUCUCAUCACAUUUCAUCCUGUUUGUUCGAGCAUUUUCAUUAGUGAAGAAUGGAUUAGAACAUUGUAUCUAUCUGAUGCAAGUCGAUAUGGUACGUUAGAUUUUCGAACAACAGCCAAUUCUCAAUUCAAACUUCUCGCUAGUUUUUGUUUACUUUCAGAAAAGACAAUUUCUCAAAAUCAAUUAGAAUUUGAUAAUCAUCAGUUUGUCACGAUUUAUCUUCUUCGAGAAACAGAAGUUCAGUAUCGAAUUAAUAGCAUUGUAGAUUUUUAUAGGAAUAAUGCAUCUAUUAUGAUUGUCUCAUAUUUAAAUUAUCUCAAAACGACUACACAAGGAAACUAUCUAAUUUCAGCUCUUAACACCAACAGUAUUAUUUACACGACAGUAAAUAAAGACCAUUUUGCUGCUUACCAAAAACCAACAAAAGUGAUCACCAGUACUGAAAAUGAUUCCUAUUUAGAAGUACGCGCUAUAUGUGGUAAAGAAAAUCCAAUUAGUGCAGCUGAUUUCUUUUCUGUUUCAAAUAUUUCACAUUAUUCAUCUCAUGAAGAAUGGUCUAUAAUUGAAUCAAAUACAACAUUAAUCAAAGGCUUCUAUGGCGCAUGUACGCCUGUUGAAGCCAUUCUUUCAAGUACACUAGAUUGUCUAUAUGAUAUCGAAUGUCUUGAAUUACUAUCAGAUUAUUUUCCUGAGCUUAAUCGAAUGUCAUACAAUUGGUCCAAUUAUGUUCUACGUUCUGAAAAACAAAAUAUAUCUGUAUACAAUAUUUUAACAAAUCUUUUCAUUAAUGAAUGGUCAACAACGCUUAACUAUUCGAAAUAUUUCAAAGAGUGUGCACCGUCAUCUUGUACAUAUAGAGCAACGAAUUCGACGAAUUUUUCCUUUGCACUUACUCUCUUUAUUAGUCUCUAUGGUAGUCUUACAUUAAUAUGCCGUGUCAUCGCAUUAGUUUUUAUUAAAAUUCCAUUAAAAUGGCAAUCAAAAAAUCCAAAUAUUGAGUCAGUAUCUUACGUGGAACGUAUGCGUAUGCUGAACCAAUCACUUCUACGAUUAAAUUUAUUUAAAAAUAAAAAUAAACGAUCUAAAUCGAAUAUCAAACAACAAAGAAUUAUCACAUGUGUCUAUCUAAUUCUCUUCAUUGGUUUAUUUCUUGUUCUUAUUUUCUUUACUUCAUUAAGUACUGAAAUCGUGACAAGAUCCGUAGUCAAUCCAUCUAUAGAUAUGUACAAUAAUUUACAAGUCUUACAUUCAAAGACACUUCGAUGUUCUUGUAUUAACACAACUAUUCCUUAUGAAGAUUUUAUUUCAUUAUCUCCAACUUUACAUCAAAUAUGUUCAAGUGAAUUUAUUGAUCCUCAAUGGAUUUCAUUGUGGGAAGAAUUUUCAUCUCUUUGGAUUCCUGUAGAUUGGCGUCAUAGAGCGCAUGGAUAUUUACGAUUGUUAUCUAAUCUUUGUCAACUAGCGAAUAGAACGAGAGAAAAUGCUGUGAGUCGUUUUCUCUUACAAUCAUUGGUUGUGUCUAAUGUUCUGACCGAAUUCGAUUUUAAUCUACAAAUGAAUGCUACUCUUCAUCAAUUCUAUCAUACAACAAUUACUUAUUUUGAUCUUCUCAUUGAAAUAGCAAGUCUUUUCAUGCAUAUUGAUCAACCUUAUAUGGGAUCAGUGGUACUUUUUUGGAAUAUACAUGAUGAGAAUUUACAUGUGACUGUAGCAUCGAAUGAAACAACUGGUGAUGAAUGGUUAGAGAUAGCAUUUCGUUUACCGCAAAUUGUUGAUGUUAAUUCAACAAUGAACACAUGUGUAUGUGCCAAUAAUCCACAUUGUCAAAGUAUUAGUGCUGUUUAUAACAAUACAUAUGAUUCUGUACUUGACUCUGAAUAUAAUAUUCUAUCCGUACUACCAGAUUUUCGUAGGAGUUGUAGAACAACUGAAUCUUUGUUUCUUUCAACGCUUCAAUGUUUUUAUUCAAAUUCAAAUUGUCUUUCAAAUCUAUUAAAUAUUACUGAAAUACAAAUACCUGGUUUAUGUGAAAGACAUCCAUUAUGGUGUAAUAUUCCUAGUUUGGUCUACGAUCCAACAUUACAUCGUUUCCCUCCGAAUACUUCAAUUUCAAUCAUUAUAAAAAAUAUGAUGAUUGAACAAUGGAAUUCAUCAUUAUCGUAUGAUCAAUAUUAUCAUUCAUGUGCACCAAGUCAUUGUACUUAUUCAGAAAGAGUUCGUUCGAAAACUACUAUCGGAAUAUUGAUAGUAUUAUUGUCUAUGAUUGGCGGCUUAGCUGCUACAUUACAUUUGCUUACACCAUAUCUUUAUAAAUUUAUCUUUCAUUUACCAAAAUUACGUAGGAAAAAACAAUCUGAAAGAAAAAAUGGACAUCAGUCAUGGGCCGAACGUUGGAAAACAAAGUCAAAGAAUUCAAUUACGUUUUUAUUUAAAACUCUUGUCAAUCUAAAUGUAUUUCUUAUACGAGAUUUCGAUAAUAAUAUUGAUCAAACAAUUGCCCAAUAUCUUGGUCGAUUGGCUACACGUUUAUAUAUCAUUCUACUUAUUAUCUCUUUUGUUAUUCUUAUUUUAUAUACAAUCAUUCAACCGAGAACAUUAACCGAAGUAUUUGAUCACCCAUCUUUUUAUCAAUAUAAACAUAUGAAAAGUAUUUAUGGUGAUAACUUAAAAUGUUCUUGUUCAGUGAUUGCAUCAUCAUACAAUCAUUUUAUUCAUAUUGAACCAAUAUUUCAUCAGAUUUGUUCGAGUUCAUUUGUAUCAAAUCAAUGGCGAAUUGAUCUUACCAAUAAUCUUCUAUCGAAUUUUUCUACUUAUGCACGAAAUGAUUAUCGCCGUUUCGUUUCUGCCCAUCUGCAAUUUUUAACUGGUUUAUGCAAUCUGUCUAUACAAACAGUAAAGAAUUCUAUCGAACAAGUUCUUUCUUUUCUAUUAGUUACAACUGAACUUUUAUCCGAAGAAACUUUUAGUCAACAUCUCGAAUCAUUAAUUGAACAAAAUCAACCAAUGACAUCUAAUAUCUUUGGUCGUCUUUUCUAUUUAAUUCGUAGUAUCAAUCAUGGAAAUGCAAUUAUAUCAAUGUAUGGAACAAAUUUUGAAUAUAUUGUACCUUGGAAUGAUCCUCGUGGAAUGUAUGCACCAACCGAAGCUCUAAUCUAUGAUGAACAAUGUUCUUGUGGAUUAUAUUCAAAUUGUACUACUCAAGCAAAUUUUAUUGAAAUAAAUCCAUUGAAAUUGAUUCCAAUUCAAGGUUUGAAAAUAGGUUGUACACCAAGUGAAUCACUUCUUAGUUCAACUCUUGAAUGUUUCUAUAAUCAAACAUGUUUAAAUCUUCUUCAACAAUACACAAACUAUGUUAAUUCAUCAAAUGCACUACCAAUCAUGACGAGUCGAUUUUUAAUGAAUACAACUAUUAGUAAAUUUGUUGAUGAUCUCUUUGUUGAACGAUGGACAACAAAAAUCAAUUAUUCAUCAUAUUAUGAACAAUGUUCACCAUUAUUAUGUUCAUAUGCAUAUAUUCAAAAUUUUAAUUUACUUUAUACAAUAACUCUUAUUCUUGGUCUAGAAGGUGGUUUAACUAUUGUUCUACAAUGGAUUUGUCCUACAAUCGUACAGAUUCUAUUUAAAAUUUAUCAAUAUCGUAAGAAAAGAAAAUAUCCUAUUCAACAGAAUUCUUCAAUUAAUGAAACAUCCAUAAAUGUUGAUAAUUCAUCAUUUCAAUGUUCUUUUAAGAUCAUUUUUAUCUGUACUCUAUUACUAAUAACAAUAACAGGUCUCGUUAUAUUUUCAAUAUUUAUCGCAAAAUUGGAUAUUAUAACCAGCACGACAAAUGACGAUUAG